GGGGAGAAACCUUUUGAAUGCUCAGAGUGUGGAAAGAGAUUCAGUUGGAGUGGCACUCUUCAGCAGCACCUAAGAACCCACACAGGGGAGAAACCUUUUGAAUGCUCAGAGUGUGGAAAGAGAUUCAGGUAUCACUGUGUUCUUCAGCAGCAUCAGAGAACCCACACAGGGGAGAAGCCCUUUCAAUGUUCCACAUGUGGAAGGAAAUUCACUUGGAGUGGCAAUCUUCAAAACCACCGAAGAAUUCACACAGGGGAGAAACCUUUUGAAUGCUCAGAGUGUGGAAAGAGAUUCAGGUAUCACUGUGUUCUUCAGCAGCAUCAGAGAACCCACACAGGGGAGAAGCCCUUUCAAUGUUCCACAUGUGGAAGGAAAUUCACUUGGAGUGGCAAUCUUCAAAACCACCGAAGAAUUCACACAGGGGAGAAACCUUUUGAAUGCUCAGAGUGUGGAAAGAGAUUCAGGUAUCACUGUGUUCUUCAGCAGCAUCAGAGAACCCACACAGGGGAGAAGCCCUUUCAAUGUUCCACAUGUGGAAGGAAAUUCACUUGGAGUGGCAAUCUUCAAAACCACCGAAGAAUUCACACAGGGGAGAAACCUUUUGAAUGCUCAGAGUGUGGAAAGAGAUUCAGGUAUCACUGUGUUCUUCAGCAGCAUCAGAGAACCCACACAGGGGAGAAGCCCUUUCAAUGUUCCACAUGUGGAAGGAAAUUCACUUGGAGUGGCAAUCUUCAAAACCACCGAAGAAUUCACACAGGGGAGAAACCUUUUGAAUGCUCGGAGUGUGGAAAGAAAUUCAUUACGAGUGGCCAUCUUCACCAGCAUCUGAGAACCCACACUGGGGAGAAACCGUUUGAUUGCUCAGUGUGUGGAAAGAGAUUCAGUCGGCCUGGCACUCUUCGACGGCACCAAAGAAACCACACAGCGGAAAAACCUUUUGAUUGCUUGGAGUGUGGAAAGAGAUUCAGUCAGAGUGGCCCUCUUCAACCAUCCUCUUCCUUGGAAAACUACGGCCCAGUUCUGUGA